GCGGCCAGAAGGAGGAGGUGAUCGCGUCUCGUGCCUGCAGCCUGGUUGACUAACAGCACCAACGCCCAUAAAGUGGACCCAUCCAGGAAAUGAAGACACUUUCUAGCAGAAGCGCCGCUUCGUCCCGUUAACUCAGCGACUCCCGCCGCGCCGCGCCGCACCGCCACUCGUUUUCUCCCGCACACUCCCGUCCUCCUCUCAGCAUCCUCCGCUCUACUCAGCUGCUGUUUCAACCCGGUUCGGUCCAAUUUAGGUGUAUUUUCCUCCAGAACCAUGACGACCCAGAUCGAUAAAGAGGCCUGCAGAGAAGCUUACAACCAAGUUCGGGACGACAACACGGAGACCAGCUGGGCUGCGUUCAAGUACGAAGGUUCCACCAUCGUCCCGGCGGGUGUGGGGUCCAACUACCAGGACUUCAAGGAGCUGUGCACAGAUGACAUCCCUCUGUUCGGCUUCGUCCGCUUCACGACCGGCGACGCCUUGAGCAAGCGGGCCAAGUUCACGCUCAUCACCUGGAUCGGCGAGCGCGUCGGCGGCCUGCAGCGCGCCAAGAUCAGCACCGACAAGACGCUCGUCAAGGAUGUGGUGCAGAACUUUGCCAAGGAGUUCAUGAUCAGCGAGCCGCGGGAACUGGAGGAGGAAUACUUGCGCUCCGAGCUGAAGAAGGCCGGCGGCGCCAACUACGACGCUCAGGCCGAGUAGAGGAGGUCCAGUGGAGGGAACCGGGUCGGGGAACGGGGUGCGGUUGGACUCGGGGUCUGGGGGGAGGGAGUGUUGGGGCGGGGCUGCUACCUCUCAGGAAGGGAGAGAGCACAGAUGACCACUAGAUUUUUACACCACUUGAUGAAAACUUGAUCCUACAGGAAACGCCGUCUGCUUCGUGUCGUCUGUCUGGUGCUUAUAUCCCCACUUUAACCUGUUGGUACCAGAAACAACUUUCUGCACCUGCUAAAGGAAGAGCUUUUACUGGAGAAGCUGGGAUUAGUGGGCGCUAAAUGGUAGCCUAGCUUAUCUUAGCACCAAAACUGGAAAUCGGGGAUCCAGCCUGGAGCUUCAGUCUUAGGUUUAUUUUGCUUCCAUCGGUCUUAUAAAAAUGAUUCUCAACCAUUUUUUCCACUUCUUGAUGUAAAGCUAACAUUGUUAGCUGAAAUUGCUAAUGUUCUGACAAAGCUAACAGCUGAAGCCCCAAGGUCUUAAAGGGAUAGUUCAUGUUAUGUGACUGGGGUUCUGUGAAGUGUGUAUGAGUGGCUAUUAUCUUCAUCACAGGAGAGUCUUCAGCUUAACAAGUUUUCUUCUGAACGUUUCCAUGUGACAACAAUUUACAGCAAACUACAUGUUUUCUUAAACUUCAUAAAAAUAUUUAGUUUGGACUUGUUUUAAAAUCUCUAGCCAUUAGCUGUAGCCUGUGGAGGAAGCUAGCCUGUAAAGUAAUAUAGUUGAUACCCAUAAGUGCUCCGUAGAACCCCAUUUCAUCCUGUUCAUUAGAAGUGAAGCAAACGAGGCAUUUAGGUUUGUUACUGAACUAAAAGCAGGUUUUAUCGGCACCUUAAAGAAACCCGUCAUCCAGGCCUCUGAGGUUCAUCAACACGCCGCAGGCUCAGCUGGGCCUGACCUCUGACCUGGACCAGCUCACCCAGGACAGAACCUGCCUCCAUCUUCAGAGGCCUGCAGCCGCUAGCUGUUAGCUUUAGCUCCUGUGUUGCCAUGGAGACCAGCAGCUGCUUCAGGACUCACUCUGAAAAUGCAGAUCGGUUCAUGCAAACGGUGAUGCGGCUGCCUUAGUGGAGAGAGGUGCAUCAUGGGAGCUGGAAGACGCUGCGCUGUGAUUGGCUGCUCCUGCAGGAUGUGAGGCGCUUGGUUUUAUUCUGUUUCAACUCUCCCUGCCCCAAGAAUAAAGAAAAAGAAUCA